UUCCCUCAGCCCCAAGAAAUCUCAGUACAUCAGUCAAGGUGGAGAACUAUCCUGUAUCCUACGCUGUGGAUCUGAGCUGGCUGAGACCGCUGCUCACAAAUGGACAGAUACAGUAUUACACAAUUUACCACCAGCAGAAAGAUGCCACUGGUAAAACACUUUCAGGUGUUAUCUCACAAAGGAGUCAUGUUGAUGAGAGAACAAAUAAACAGAUCUACAGAGACAAAGUGCCAAAUGUGCAGCCAGGAUCCUUUUAUGACUUCUGGGUCACAGCAUCAACCCUAGCUGGCGAGAGCGCAGCUUCAGAAAAGUCAACAGUCAAAGUGGUCCCUGCCGUGGACACAGACCUCAAUAUCACAGUCAGUGAUCUGACAGAGACUGGCUUCACUCUGAAAUGGAAUAAAGCCACCAACGUGACUGGUUACCAGAUCACUGUACGGUUUCAAGAGGACGCCAACUUUCCGGCAGCCACAGUCAGCGAUAUGAUUCUGCAUGCUGCCAGCUCCCAGACAAGUGUCGCUGUGACUGGUUUGUGUCCUGGAACCGUCGUGUAUGUCAGUUUGCAGACUGUGCAUGCGGACCACAGUUUUGGUCCAAAGAUUCUUCCCUAUGGCACCACAAUGGAGAACGGAGAGGUUCAUUUGAAAGGAACAAAACCAACCGUUGUUUUCAGUGAUAUUGACCUGGUAGGACCAACACAGAUUUUACUCAAGUAUAACUUAACACAUGGAGGUCCAUAUGCGAAACAAUUUUUCAUCCAUUACACACACGAUGAGAACAGUGCAGCAGUAAACCUGACAACCUCACAAACCUCACAUGAGCUGGCUGGCCUGUUUGCUUGUGAGAAAUACUUGGUCUGGAUCCAGCCUACAUUCCUGACUUGCCCUUUCACUGACCUCAGGAAUAUUUCAACUAUGGAAGACAUCACAGCCCCACCUAAGAAUGUUCGAGUGAAUGUGACGCGGGUCCAGGAACACUUUAGCAUGAACAUCACUUGGAACCCGUCUUGCUCAGAGAAUUCACCACUAGCAGAAGGCUAUAUAGUCCGUAUGAAGGUGGGUGAGAAAGAAGCAGCUGACUAUAUCAUUGACAAACAAGAAUUCUUCCUUCCAUACGUGCAAGAUGGAACUUCCUAUGUAUUUACUGUCAGAACUGAUCAGCGUGGAUCACAAGAAACUGCUCCAUAUUCAACAGUAAUCCCUUAUGUGGGAAAACCCUUCAAUAUAGUGCCAGUGUUUGAUGGGAAGAAUGCAACUAUAUUCUGGACGUUCCCCCCGGCUGCAGACAAAGAAAAUAAAUUCAAGCAUUUCAUGGUGAAGACAAAAUGUGAUGAUGUUGAGAUAACCAACAGGACCAAAGAUUCAAAGAUCACUGUCUCCCUGUGGAAGGAUGGACGCUUCUUUAUAACUAUCACAGCCAUGGCAGAAACUGGGAAUAUCAUUGGAGAACCUGGAACUUAUGAGUUCCCAU